UUGUACGCGGUAGAGGUGGGAGCGAGAGGUAUAACAGCGAAAUCUCUCUACAACCUACUAAAGGACUUGGGCUUGUCCAGAACUCACAUUAAUGCAUUCUUGGAACGUAUAUCGAAGGCAGCCCUAGUAGGUUCUUUUCAAAUUUGGUUAGGUAGGGAGAGGAGCUUGGACAGUGGAGGUGAGCGUAUAACGCGCCGGUGCCCGCUGCCCGCUAUUUUGGAGAAAUGUAUGCGUUUUCGUGCCGCUGCCGCUGCCGCCCCGCUACCCGCGAGAUUCGAGGCCGAGGCCUUAAACCUACACUUGGGUCGCAAGUCCCAGGCACUGUUGAAGCUCCUCUCCCUGCAACGCGAUGGACCCGGCACCCGCACGGUGAAUCCAUGGAAUGCUUAG